AUGUCAAACCAACCUGUAGGGUCUGUCACGCCGGCGGAUGCCGCGCCCGUAACCUCAUCGUCCGGGAACGAGCCCAUCCGUGCAAGCGACUCAGAAAGUGGCUCUUCCAAUGGUGGCGACUCUUCAAUGGGCCAAGAUACUUUGAGCAGUACUGCUUCUGUCUCUUCCAGCAUCCUUGAGUAUCGUCGACUUCAGGGGCGCACUUACCAUAGCGAGAAGUUCGAGUUGAAUUAUUUUCUUCCCAACGAUGACCCCUUACUGGAGUCUCUAGACUUGACUCAUCAUUACCUGACAAUUCUCUUGGAUGAAGAAUUGUUCCUCGCCCCCGUGAAAGAGGAAAACAUGCAGCGAGUCCUUGACGUUGGUACUGGGACCGGUAUCUGGGCCAUCGAAUUCGCUGAUCGAUACCCUGGUGCCGAGGUCAUAGGUACUGAUCUCUCUCCAUGCCAGCCCCAGUGGAUCCCCCCUAACGCCCGCUUUGAAAUCGAUGAUGCGACCUUGACAUGGACCUGGGACCCAGACCAGUUCAACUUUAUCCAUAUACGCUAUCUGUUUGGCGCUGUCAAGGAUUGGGGUGGUCUAUUCAAGGAAGCCUACCGCUGUUGUGCCCCAGGGGGCUGGGUGCAGUCGACCGAGGCUAAUGUCGAGUUCCGCAGUGACGAUGGAACUGUCGACAAGGAGCCCAGUCUUCAUAUGUUCACUAAGCUUUUUCAAGAGGGUGGCAAAGCUUUGGGUCGCCCCUUUUUUGUUGAUGAUCUGCAGGAAUCGGAAUUCAGAAAGGCGGGCUUUGUAGAUGUCCAAGUCAUCGAUCACAAGCUUCCGGUUGGUGGCUGGCCCAAAGAUCCCAAGCUGGCCCAGGUUGGUCAGUUUGUCAGAGCCGCCUUGGAAAAUGACCUCGAGGGCUUGACUCUCAUGAUGUGGCACGAUUUGUUACAGUGGCCCAAGGAUGAUUAUCAGUUGUUUCUAAUGGGCUUGCGAAAGGGGUUACAAAACCCAAAGGUCCAUAGCUAUAUGACUGUGCGUUACGUUUAUGGGCGCAAGCCCGAGUAA